UAUAUAAAAAUUCAACGAUCUGCAUUUACUUUGUUUCUCUGUUCGUUCCUCUCUCUCUCAUCCUCACCCACAAAACAAGUAAGAGAGAGAAACCCCUUUGCCGAUACUCCAUAACAAUUCCGCGGAAAUCAGUGCUCAGAAUCGACCGCUAUCGCUUCGAAAUGGCAGCCGCCUACAAAUUGCUAAUAGCACUAUGCUUAAUCGCAUCAAUUCUAAUCCUGCAAGCGUCGGCAGGUGGGGACCACGAUCCCUCCGCCGCGGGAUGGAUGAUGCCGGCAGUGAGAUCCGGCUGCAGGGGGACCAUCGCCGAGUGCCUGGCCGGCGGAGACGACGAGUUCGAGCUUGAUUCGGAGUCCAACAGGCGCAUCCUAGCGACGAGCCGCUACAUCAGCUACGGAGCGCUGCAGAGGAACAACGUCCCCUGCUCGCGGCGCGGCGCGUCGUACUAUAAUUGCCGCCCCGGCGCGCAGGCCAAUCCCUACCGGCGCGGCUGCAACGCUAUCACUCGUUGCCGGAACUGAGGAUGAGGACAAGCCAUUUCUCCGGUGAUGCUAAUUAUUAAUUAUGUCAAAUUAUGUAAUUUUUUUUCUAUAAUUUUAGUAUGAGAUUACUACUUAUUUGAUUUUUGGAGAGGGAGCGUGUGGUAUACGAGGAAUUAACUGAGGAAGAUAUUGCUGUUUAUGUUGUUUGUGGAUUGGUGCUUUGUUAUCUGUACAAUUUUUAAUUUUAUUUUUUUGUGAAUAAUAAUUCACAUUUACUGA